AUGUCCGACCCUUUUCCCCUACUUCCUCCUCUAGAUUAUCCACCUGAUUCAGAAAGCUAUGAGCUACCACCUAUAUUCCCCGCAUUUUCUGUUCCUAGACUGGCAGACAAGCCUCAAGAUCCUAUCAUGGACACCUUGAGAUUCACUCAGAGCGCUCAGAGGCAUUUGGCAGAUCCUCAGCUUCUGCCCCCUGAGGUCAUAGCUUUGACAGAUCUAUGGCUUUCUGACUCUGAUAAAUCUCAUAACAUCUGGGCCCACGCGGCAGCGGCAAGCUCAACAAACCAGAGCUACAUCAAAUCAUGGGAUUCUCUUCGCGCUUCAUUUGUUCAAUUAGCAUCCCCGGGACCUUUCUUGUCAGAUCAGAGCAACCGCGUAUUCUCAUCCGCACGUUAUCACGUCAACCCUCGCAUUCAUGAUACACAGACGUACAUAAUUCACGCAACUGUGUCGGAGGUAUUGAAGUCUAUCAAAAUGAUUUUGAUUGGGACUUCCUCUCCCUUGUAUGCGUGGGACUCCCCAUCUGAGAUGUUUAUCCUGACCAGUGGCGAGCCCGGGAAGCAGGGUGUCCUGGUCAUUGAUGGCAAGGAUGAUAUUAUCAGUGAAAGUUUUAUGCGUCGAUUUCUGUCUAUUGGGACUCUUCUACGGCGCCUAGAGCUAUUCACAGAUACAAUUCGACGGCAGUCCACUACAAUCGCUCCCACAGUCCACGCGUUCAUACACGCGUUGUCCUCUUGUGUCGAGUAUACACGACUAGGUCUAGCCGACUUUCCCGACAAUACCGGCGAUUCAAUGCACGACUUGGACACGCCAGCAGCCACAUGGAUGCAUCACGAUGAGUAUGAACAGAUCUUGGCUGCGCUUGCGUCUUUGUGUCGACGGGACAUGGACAUAUACCCUCCGAACUACAGGGAUCUUCCAACUUCCGCCGAAACGAUACUAUCCGAUAUCUACAUCGCCCUCGAAUCCCACAUUGAGCGCGGCUCCCCCCGACGUGUCGUCGCGAUGUUCGCCUACAUCCUGACAAUGACAUGCCAGGACUAUUACCGGUAUCUUAGCCGGUCCGUUGGUUACAGUCGCGAUUUUGUGGUCUUGAACGCUCACAAAUCGGCUACCUCGCAAGACCUCAAUUUAGACUUCGGGGUCAUAAAUGACGAUGAGCAAGAUGAUGAGCAGACAGAGACAGAUGAAAUCGACAUAGAAUUUCCUUGCUUUAUGGGCUCUGACGUAACAGAAGCCCUGAUACGAGCUAGGGAUUCUCUGAAAUUGCUUCGUGCAGCUCAGCCUGAACACCCGUUGCUCCAAGGUGUUUCUUCGUACCAAGAAAUAACUUGGUUCUGGACCGACAAGGACGUCCAGGCCGCCUGGACCCACCGAGAGCGGUGCGAACUUUCCACUGAUCACCAACAUCAGGAAGAAGACGGCGUUGUGAACCAACACGAGCCAGUGGCUUCUGACCAAGACGUGCUUUCACAGUUUCAAGUAUUCGACCUUGAGCCUGGCGCCCAUCUCGUUGCACCUUCGCCUUCAUCACAGCAUCCGAACCGUCAUCUGGAGCAAUUUAUUUCUACAUUUCCCAAGGGUUUGCCGACGAUAACGCCAACCCUCCCUCACCUGACUUCCUUGGUCAUCUCCCCUCUUCUCGAGCACUGUUACGCUCUUUCUGGUGCCUUGCUCAGCCUUUUCCUUUCACGCUCAUCAUAUCUGAACUUACAUGCUCAUCUCUCGCUCCUCCGCUCAUAUCUUCUUCUCACAUCUCCCAUAUUCAAGGCGCGUCUACAAGGCGCGUUAUUUUCGGAUGAGGACAAUUGGCGGUUCGAAGGGAGUGAGACGCGAGCACUUGCUAAAAAAUCUUCGAUGCAUAGGCUGAGGAGAGCCAAAACCCCUUCGGGAGACGGCCCCGAAAGUGGUUGGCAGCCUGAGGAAGGCACUGGGCCGUGGGCAGUUGGACUGGGACUGGGACUGGCGGAGAGAGACUCGUGGCCCCCUGGGGGUGCUGAUCUAGGCUUCUAUCUGAGGACAGUGAUCAUGGAUUCGUUGGAGUCGCUUCACGGUCUGGAGCGCUUUGACAACAAUGAACACACGGAGGAUAGCGACGAAAACAAGAGGAUCUUCGUAGAGGCAGAAUAUAGGCUUGGAUUCGCAAUUCGCGACCUUCCUGUUGGUACAGGUCGCGAGAGAUGGCUUAAUCCUUGCUCAAUCGAGUCUCUAGACUUCCUUUACAUGGAUUACAAGCCACCGCACCCCCUCGACGUCUUGCUAACGCCAGAUGUAUUGUCGAAGUAUCAACGUGUCUUCUCAUUCAUUCUGCGCCUCAUGCGCGUUCAAAGUGCAUCCAGCACUCUUUUCCGCAUGACCAGAAAAAUAUCCAAUCCGCUCUUCUCGACACUCUCAUCUGCGAACAAACUCCUCCUGCGCUUCCGCUUCAUGGCUCAAGCUUUCGUCGAAGCCCUAUCAUCCUACGUUUUUGACACGGCCAUCCGUGGUAACUUUGAUGCCUUCCUAGCACAACUCGAUGUUUCGCCCACAACCUCCGCUUCUGGGCGAUUCUCAGAUGUCUUCGUCUUGGCCGAUUUACACUCUUCUGUGCUUGACGAUAUACUGAGCGCCUGCCUGUUACGUUCCGGGCAGCGCGCCGCCGGAGACUUGCUGAGAGGAUGUCUAGAGUUGGUGCUCGACCUCUGCAUCCUGGCAGGGGAAUUACGGAGGGGCAGGAUCGAAGAGUACAAGGCUCAGCCAGUCUUGGAGGAUCUUUUCUCUUCGUAUACGGAGAAAAUGACGACCCUAGUGAAAGUACUGAAAAUGAUGAUCGACAAAGGAUCUUCGUCGUCUCAUCUACCCAUCGAAUUCGCUUACUUGCAAGGAGUGACGUCUGGUUCUCCCAUGGCAUCCGGCGGCACAGGCAGUUUGCACUACUUGCUUGCCAAGCUGGACGUCGGAGGAUGGAAAGGUGGCUAG